GGCACUGCAUGCUAAAACACUAGAGUAUAUAUCUCUAUGGCUGUGUCAUACAUCCCCAGGUACCCAGUUAUCCUAUCCAUAGAGAACCAUUGCACAGUGCCCCAGCAGAAGAAGACGGCUGAGUCUCUGAUGGAGGUGCUCCAGGGCAAGGUGGACCUGUCUACAGUCAAUAUGAAUGAAUUCAGAAAGCUGCCCUCCCCAGAGCUCCUGAAAAGGAAUGUUCUUGUCAAGGUUUCUUUAACCCUACAGUGGAGGACCCUCUGCCAGGACAAAAGAAGACUCAGCUGGUGCUGAAGAUCAUCAGUGGGCAGCAGCUGCUGGUGGAUUGAGGGGAGGUGAGACAUAUCUGACAACCUCAAUUGACCUCUUUAAAAAAAUAUAUAUAUAAAAAUAUUGAACCUUUAUUUAACUAGGCAAGUCAGUUAAGAACAAAUUAUUAUUUAAAAUGACGGCCUACACCAGUCAAACCCAGACAAUUCUGGGCCAAUUGUG